AUGCCACGUGCAAUGGAUAGUUAUCUCGAUUUGAAAUUUUUAGCUAUUGGCGACUCAGGAGUAGGCAAAACUUGUCUAUUAAAUCAAUACGUUGAUGGGAAAUUUACCAAACAGUUGGGAACAACCGUUGGGAUCGAUAUUCGAAAUAAAACGAUACCGUACAAAUCAAACAGAACCAGUAACUUAUAUACUAUUCAAUUGCAAUUAUGGGAUACGGCGGGUCAAGAACGCUAUCGCAGUCUUACUACUUCGUUUUUUCGUGAUGCAAUGGGCUUUUUCCUAGUUUUCGAUGUUACGAAUGAAACAUCAUUUCUCAACGUACGUAAUUGGAUAGGUGAAAUUCAAGCGAAUGCCUAUUCGGAAAGUGUCGAUAUGAUACUCGUUGGAAACAAAUGUGAUUUGGAAAGCGAACGAAUCAUAACGAAAGCUCGAGCAUUAGAAUUCGCUCGACAAUAUAAUGUUGAUUAUAUAGAAACAAGUGCAUUGAAUAAUAUCAAUGUUACCGAGUCAGUCGAACUAUUACUAGCGUUAGUGAUGAAACGUUUAGAUGAAGAUGAACACUUCUCUCGAACGAAAUCCAAUCUCUCAAAGAAGACAACGGAGCCCAUCGAUCCCGAAGCAUUAAAAAACAAUUUCAAAGCCAAAACUGAUAUUUCGUUUUGUUGUAAUUACUAA